UUUCGGCAUGAAAGGGGUAAGGUAGAGCUACACCUAUGUCAAAAUGGGUUUAAAGAAAACUAUAGAAUUUGGACCGCACAUGGUGAGAGGCGUGACCAGCAGCAACAAGAUUUUGAGGGUUUUGGUGAAACAGAUGACAUGGAUGGUAUGUUGGCUGACUUAGCUGCAGCUAUCCCAUCAAUAUCGGAUGAGGAACCAACAGCUGCUGCUCAAGCAUUUUAUAGGAUGAUUGCUAAUGCAGAAGAGUUAGUUCAUGACCAAACAAAACACUCAACUUUGUCAGCCACAGCUCGUUUGAUAUCAAUAAAGUCACAGUACAACCUCUCUAUUGCGUGUUAUGAUGAUAUUGUGGCACUCAUCCAAGAACUCUUACCUGCUGAUAGUAAAUUUCCAAAGGACUUCUACUCGUCAAAAAAAAUGUUAGAGGGUCUUGGCAUGCCAUAUGAAAAAAUUCAUGUUUGCUACAAGAAUUGCAUGCUUUAUUAUAAAGAUAAUAAGGAUAAACAGAAAUGUGACUAUUGUGAUACCCCUCGUUAUGUGGAUGGAUCAAAUAAGAUCCCACGUAAAGUCUUGCGCUACUUGCCCAUAACAGAUAGGUUACAAAGAUUGUAUGCACAUGAGCAGACUGCAAAAAUGAUGCGAUGGCACGAAGAAGCCCCCCGUUCUAUGUAUGGUACAAUGGAUCACCCACGUGAUGCUGAAUCUUGGCAACAAUUUAAUGUUGAUUUUCCGGAGUUUGCAAAAGAGGCAAGGAACGUACGAUUAGGUUUUGCAACAGAUGGUUUCACACCUUAUAGCAUCACAGCUGCUUCUUAUUCAUGUUGGCAUGUGUUUGUGAUUCCAUAUAAUCUUCCACCGGGUGUCGCCAUGAGGCCUGAAAACAUCUUUCUUUCUCUUGUUAUCCCUGGUCCAGAACAUCCUGGAAAAAAUUUUGGUGUUCUAAUGCAACCUUUAGUAGAUGAAUUGCAAGAGUUGAUGAAGGGAGUUGAAACAUGGGAUGCCUCAUUGAAGCAAAAGUUCACCAUGAAAGCAACAUAUUUGUGGUCAAUACAUGAUUUUCCUGCCCUUGGGAUGUUUGCGGGAUGGAGCACCCAUGGGAUAUUGGCCUGCCACCGCUGUUUAGGUGACACCAAUGCAUUCCGACUCACUAAGGGUGGUAAGGCAUCCUGGUUUGACUGUCAUAGGCGCUUUCUUCCUAUGGAACAUGAGUUUAGAACCCAAAGAAAUGCAUUUAGAAAGGAUACGGUAGUGCUGGAUGGACCCCCAAGGAAGUUAACAGGAGAAGAAGUAGAGGCCCAAAUGAACCUCCAAGUCGGUGAUAGGCUGACCUUUAAUAAAGAGCACAACUGGACACAUAUUAAUGGUUUGUGGCAGUUGUCUUACUUUAAAAAGUUGUUACUCCCGCACAACAUUGAUGUAAUGCACAAUGAGAAAAAUAUGGGUGAAGCUGUAUGGAACACAUGCUUUGAUAUAGUUGAUAAGACCAAAGAUAAUGUAAAGGCAAGACAAGAUCUAGCUUUGAUUUGCAAUCGUCCGAAGAUGCAUCUUGAGUGCUGUGAAGGCCUAUUAUGAUGAUGUUCUACAGCAGCCGAUAAAGGAUAUAGUGGCACGCAAGAAAUUGCUCCGUGAAGCACAAUAUUUGAAGGUUAAGCCAGAAUGGAUUUCGGAGGAGGCAUGGCGCAAGAUUUGUAGUUAUUGGUGCUCACAGGAAUUCUUAAAGAAGCGUCGCCUUGCUCAAGACUCACGCAUGCAGCCUGAUUUCGCUCAAAACAGGGGCGGGUCUCGACCAUAUGGGCAGACCAAGCGAUAUUUGGCAAAGAAGUAUGGCCCUGAAGCUGCCUCUGAUAUCAAUACUUACUGCUGCAUGAAGUCAGGUGUGAACAAUUGUGAUGAUAAUGGAAAAAGUGGUCCAAUC